AUGCCGUUUCUUUCUGUUUCUUUUGCCUUCUUCACGUUAUAUGUUCUUUCUCAUUGGUCGCCUCAUUUUCUUUAUAUUUCCUCUUUGUCUUCGAACUUUCUCAUUGUUCAUAUGUUCUAUUCAUCAUUUAGAAAUAAUAAUUGUUUUCUUCGUUUACUUCUUCUUUUUUUCUUCUUCAUCCUUGUUUUCUUCCUCGUUUUUUCUUCUUCUUCGUUUUCUUCGUUUUUUUCAUCUCCUUCUUCAUCUUCUUCGUUUUCUUCUUCGUUUUUUCUUCUUCAUCCUUGUUUUCUUCCUCGUUUUUUCUUCUUCGUUUUCUUCGUUUUUUUUCAUCUCCUUCUUCAUCUUCUUCGUUUUCUUCUUCUUUUUUCUUCUUCAUCCUUGUUUUCUUCCUCGUUUUUUCUUCUUCUUCGUUUUCUUCGUUUUUUUCAUCUCCUUCUUCAUCUUCUUCGUUUUCUUCUUCGUUUUUUCUUCUUCAUCCUUGUUUUCUUCCUCGUUUUUUCUUCUUCGUUUUCUUCGUUUUUUUCAUCUACUUCUUCAUCUUCUUCGUUUUCUUCUUCUUUUUUCUUCUUCAUCCUUGUUUUCUUCCUCGUUUUUCUUCUUCUUCGUUUUCUUCUUCGUUUUAUUUUUCUUCGUUUCCUUCUUCUUAUUUGUUUUCUAUUUCGUUUUCUAUUUCGUUUUCUUCUUCCUCUUCUUCUUCGUUUUCUUCUUUGUUUUCUUCUUCUUCGUUUUCUUCUUCUUCGUCUUCUUCGUUUUCUUCUCCUUCGUUUUCUUCUUCUUCGUUCUGUCUUCUUCUUCUUCUUCGUCUUCUUCGUUUUCUUCUUCGUUUCUUCUUCUUCGUUUUCUUCUUCUUCUUCUUUGUUUUCUUCUUCGUUUCUUAUUCUUCUUCGUUUUUUCUUCUUCUUCCUUAUUUUCUUCCUCGUUUUUUCUUUUUCUUCGUUUCCUUCUUCUUAUUCGUUUCCUAUUUCGCUUUCUAUUUCGUUUUCUUCUUCUUCGUUUCUUCUUCUUUGUUUCUUUUUCUUCGUUUUUUUCUUAUUCGUUUUCUUCUUCUUCGUCUUCUUCGUUUUCUUCUUCUUCGUUUUGUCUUCUUCUUCCUCUUCGUCUUCUUCGUUUUCUUCUUCGUUUCUUCUUCUUCGUUUUCUUCUUCUUCGUUUCUUCUUCUUCGUCGUUUUUUUCUGCUUCUUAUUAUUAUUCGUUUUCUUCUUAGUUUCUUUCUUCUUCUUCUUCUUCUUCUUCUUCUUCUUCUAUUUUUUCCUUAUUUCCAAGUCCUCAAUCCGCAUUAUCUGCUCUACAACAAUCAACUGA